AUGACGGCGAGGGAAACAAUCGCCGCCGCGAUAGAUCGGAUUGAUGAGAAGAAGGAAAAGCUGAAGAAGGCCUUCGACGAUCUUCAGGCACACCGGUCUCUCCUUUCACCGUCUUUCUCUCUCUCCUGGUCUGAGAUCGAUUCCCACUUCUCCUCUCUCCAAACCUCCCUCUCUAACCGUUUCCGCCUCCUCCAAUCGAAUAGACUCGAAACCGGUGACGCAGGGACAUCGUCGGAAGCGCCGGUGAUUCGGCCGGAGCUAAAAGCGUUGUGUGAGAUGAUGGACGGAAUUGGUUUAACAAAGUUUCUGGUUGAGAAUUGGGACGAUGACGCACCACCUAAUCUGGAGCUCUGUGCGGCGAUUCGAUGCUCUCCGGAUCCGGCGACAAUGGUGCUUGACGCAAUCCAAGGCUGGAACCACACACACACUCCGUCAUCGGGAAAAUCAGUCGACGUGAGGAGAGUUUUCGUUUUGUUAAUGGAAGCUUUGAUCGAGAUCAACGCGAAUAUCACAGUUCACAUGAGCGAGAGGGCCAAGAAAAUGGCUAGCGAUUGGAAGGAGAAGAUAAACAAGAAGCCUUUCGAGGCGUUACUGUUUCUUCAUCUGGUCGCAGCUUUCGAAUUGGGAUCCGGAUUCAGCUCCGACGAGCUCUCCGAUUACCUUUUCAUGAUCGCAAGGUACAAGCAAUCAACUUCUGUGUGUAACAAGAUCGGUUUGGAUCGCGUGAGAAUUGAGAAUCUCAUCAAGAAGCUCUUGGAUUAUGGCAAACCAACCGUGGCGGUGAGAUUCAUGUACGAGUGUGGUGUGGUGAGUGAUGAAUUCCAGCCAAUCUCCGUUUUGAAAUCUCACAUUAAGGAAUGUAGAGAGGCUUCUCAUAAACUCUGCGCGGAAGAUAACUUCUCUCUCAAGUCGCAGAACAUAGCCACUGAUAAAGAAGUGAGCGCGUUGAAAGCAGUGGUCAAAAUCAUCAAAGAUCACAACCUUGAAUCCGAGUUUAGCGAGGAGAGAGUCGAGGAGCGUGUUGAGGAGCUUGAGAAGCAAAAGGCGCAGAGGAAACGCAGCACCCAGCAAGAGCCACAGAAAAAAGGGAGAAAGAGGCCUCGGGAUCGUAAUGGUACAGGUCCUAGUCAGCAACAGCCAUUUGCUAGAGGAGAAGCUACACAGCAUGGGUUACAGUUAAACCCAUUUGGUCUUGCUGGUGUUGUUCUCCCUUACAUGAACCCUUUAGCUGGGCUCUAUGGUUCAGCUGCAGCUCCUCAAUCUGUUUACUAUGGUCAGCAAAAUGGAAUUGUGUUGCCGCCUCAGUUUCAUCCAGCUUAUUAUUCUCGACCGUAA